ACUUGAAAGUCGCACCCUUUAAGGAUCAUUCCCGAAAUACCAUUUAGUUUUGUCCAAAACAAUCUCAAAUCAUUAUCUGAACAAAUUUCUCUGCGUUAGGGCUUAUUCAAUAACCAGUUAUCGAUCCAUCAAUUGACAGAUAAAAAAUGGUAGAACUAAAGUUUCUUGGAAUGGACUUUGGUUGUGCACUUGGAUCCCUUAGCAAAGGUGAAUUCCCAGAAAAAGAUUGUUUGCUUCCUUUAAUAUCCAAGCUAUUGGGAUAUGCCAUUGUUGCUGCCUCCACUACUGUUAAACUUCCUCAGAUACUUAAAAUUUUGCAACACAAAAGUGUUAGAGGGCUUAGCGUUGUGGCCUUUGAACUUGAACUAAUUGGUUAUACCAUUGCUUUGGCAUAUUGUCUUCACAAAGGGCUUCCAUUUUCAGCUUUUGGCGAGUAUGCUUUUCUUUUGAUCCAAGCUAUAAUUUUGGUUGCAAUUAUCUACUAUUUUUCUCAACCUUUGGGAAUGAAGACAUGGGUGAAACCAUUACUAUAUUGUGCUGUUGCACCGACUGUUUUGGCAGGUCAAAUUGAUCCCGUUCUUUUCGAGGCUCUAUAUGCUUCCCAACAUGCAAUCUUUCUUUUUGCAAGGAUUCCACAGAUAUGGAAGAACUUUAAGAACAAAAGUACUGGCGAGCUGAGCUUUUUGACCUUUUUUAUGAACUUUGCCGGUUCCAUGGUUAGAGUUUUUACCAGUCUCCAGGAAAAAGCUCCCAUGAGUGUUGCCUUGGGGUCUGCGCUUGGUGUACUGAUGAAUGGUACCAUCUUAAGUCAAAUUAUCAUAUAUCAAAAGCCGACGCCUCAGAAAGAGAAAAAGAGAGAUUAGAAGUUUCAGCACAACAUGCCGGAAUGGAUAUGGUAGCUUGUUUCAUUAUGCACCUUGGAGCUCACCGUCAAGAUUGUCAAGCAUGAAGAACAUGGAUAAUCCAAGCAUGUAAUACCCUGAAAAUCUGUCAUAGUUUUGCUUAUUUCAAAUAUUGGAUUGAUCGAUCAGUUGCAGGAUUUUUCAUUCACUUAAACCAUAGUCUCAGUAUGGGAUUUUUUUACAUAAUUAUGCUAACACAUAGGUGUAACAAUUUCUUUUUGUUCCAUUCCUGAUAGUGCUUGCAAGGAAUUUGGUA